GAAGCCUGGAGCUGCCACGCUCACCAGCUGGGUUCUCAAGAAGACAAGAGGGGAAGACAAAAUAUCUCAGUAUCUAUCUCCACACUCACACUCCUCCCAGCUAUCUCCGACCCCCCCGCCUGCUCCCGCUCCCACUGCUGCUGCCGCUGCGUCCAGUGAAGUGCGAGCAAGCCGGAGCGUCUCCUGGCAAGGGGAGAGUGUCUCUGGCGUGGUGGGGAGAGGUAGAGCGGGAGGCAGAGAACGCUGGUGCCUCGCUCCUGGGCAACUUGGUGGGAACUUUCCCGUCCCCCGGAGCCAAGUCAACAAGUGCGGAGGCCGGCUGCAGAACGGAGCGAGCCCGGGGGCACCACAAGUCAGCUCCGUGGGCGCCGUGCCGGGGCCGUCUCUCCUCCACUGACUCUUUGGGGGGUUCCGGAUCCAGCCCCCCUGGGCCCCGUCUCUUGAGAAGCUUCCACCAUUACAUCUAAAAGCGAAGACGACUUCCUAGCCCUGGCCACGUCCAGGUUGAGCCGCAAGAAGAGGGUGAUCGGGGCGGCCAUCGGGGUGGCCAUGGUGCUGGUGCUGCUGGUGGCCAUCCCGCUGCUGGUGCACCGCUCCAAGGCUACCUCGCCGUACGAAAUGCUGGGCAGCUGCCACAUGGUCUGUGACCCCCACACGCCCCAGACUCACGGGGCGGCCUCUGCCGAAGCCAGUCCGGAGCUGGCCGUCAUCUCCCCAUCCCCGUUCCUGCCGGGGGGCAAAGGGGACCAAGGGAGGAGGGGCAAGUCUGGGAUCCGAGGGCCCCCAGGCCCCCCAGGGCCGCCAGGGCCGCGUGGUCCAGCUGGAGAGCCGGGCAGGCCGGGGCCACCAGGGCCAGGGCCAGGGGGCUACAUCCCAUCGCUCUACAGCCCCCGGAUCGCCUUCUACGCUGGGCUCCGGAAGCCCCACGAGGGCUACGAGGUGCUGCGCUUCGACGACGUGGUGACCAACGUGGGGAACUACUACGAGCCGACCCGUGGGAAGUUCACCUGCCCCCUGCCCGGCAUCUACUUCUUCACCUACCAUGUGCUGAUGCGCGGCGGGGACGGGACCAGCAUGUGGGCCGACCUCAUGAAGAACGGGCAGGUGCGGGCCAGCGCCAUCGCCCAGGACGCGGACCAGAAUUACGACUACGCCAGCAACAGCGUCAUCCUGCACCUGGACGUGGGCGACGAGGUUUUCGUCAAGCUGGAUGGGGGGAAGGUGCACGGGGGGAACACCAACAAAUACAGCACCUUCUCUGGCUUCAUCAUCUACCCGGACUGAGCCCCCCGGACUGAGCUGGUCGGCCUCCCCAGCAUGGCCCCCCCGGACUGAGCCCGUCUGCGCCCCCAGCGUGGCCAUGGACCCCCGGACUGAGCCCGUCUGUGCCCCCAACGUGGCCCUGGGCCCCCCCCGGACUGAGCCCGUCUGUGCCCCCAGCGUGGCCCCGGGCUCUGCUCAGGGAAAUGAACUGGGACAGACCCCCGGGGGGGACUGUGGGCGGCUGGGUCUAGGGGUGCAGGGGGAACUAGGGGCUCAGGGCAUCUGCUCUGGCACCUCCAGACCUUACCAGCCCCU